AUGAAAAAGUGCUCAUUUUGUAAAUCUAAUACUGAAGAUGCUGGCCAGGUUGUUGUAACACCUGACAAAAAUGCAUGUAUAUGUGCUGAAUGUAUAAGACUUUGCAUUCAUGCAAUUGAUGUUGAUAGUAGCAGUGAUAUAGAAAUAAAAAAAAUAAGCAAGAAAAGUAAAUCUAAAUCCAGCAAGAAAAUUAAGCCCUGCCUAUUACCGCACCAAAUUGUAGACAAACUAAAUGAGUUCAUAAUUGGACAAGAUGAAGCAAAGAAAAUAUUAUCUGUAGCAGUUUACAAUCAUUAUAAAAGAUUACAAAACAUUGAAGAGAAUGGUGAAUUAGAAAUUGAAAAAUCGAACAUUUUAAUGUUAGGUCCAACAGGUUGUGGCAAAACCUUAUUAGCCAAGACAUUAGCCAAGAUAUUAGAUGUACCUUUUGCAAUUGCUGAUGCAACAAGCCUAACUGAAGCAGGAUAUGUUGGUGAUGAUGUUGAAAACAUUUUAAUGUAUUUAAUCCAAAAUGCAGAUUAUGAUGUUGAAAAGGCUCAGAAGGGAAUUAUAUAUAUUGAUGAGAUAGACAAAAUUGUAAAAAAAACAACUGGGACAUCAAUAACCAGAGAUGUAUCUGGUGAGGGAGUUCAACAAGCAUUAUUAAAAAUAAUUGAAGGUACAGUUGCGAAUGUAUCUCCAAAUUCAUCCAGAAAAAACCCUCAAGACAGGAUGAUCAAAAUUGAUACCAGCAAUAUACUUUUCAUAUGUGGUGGAGCUUUUGUAAAUCUAGACAAGACAAUUGAAAGCAGACUAGACAAGUCUAGCAUAGGAUUUAAUAAGCCAAAAAUGGACAGUAAAAACACAGAAAACAAAUCUUUUUAUGAAAUAGCAAAGCAAGUUAAUACGCAAGAUCUUAUUAAUUAUGGACUAAUACCUGAGUUUGUAAGCAGACUACCAAUAACAAUAGUACUUCAUGAGCUUGAUGAAAGUGCUAUAGUAAAAAUACUAACUGAAACCAAAAAUUCAAUUACAAAGCAGUAUAUUAAGCUUUUUGCGAUGGACAAUGUAGAGCUUAAAUUUGAAAAUGAAAGUAUAGUUGCUAUUGCCAAAAAAACCAUUGAGCAAAAAACAGGAGCUAGAGGAUUAAGGUCAAUAAUUGAAAAAACACUACUAGAUUUUAUGUAUACUAUACCGCAGAAUAAUGAAAUCAAAGAAAUAAUGAUUGAUGCUAAAAAAGUUUAG